CUUCCUCGAGUAGCAGUUUGCUAUCUUUCUGCGUCGAGAUAUCAUCACUUUAUUCCCAUGUCUCCAACGUAUUUAACUUCGAGAUAUAUCGAAAUAUACGGUGAAGUUUUCAUGUAGUAUUCGUUGUAACCGUAGACACCGUUCACGUGCCAGGCGAAGAUCCGUCCAUCGACGUCGACUCGAAACACCUCGUGGACUUGAUCAGCGAAAAAAAACCUCUAAAAACAUUCAUUGAAACAUGGAACAAAAACGCCUGUAUAAAGUGGUGCUCACUGGAGGACCUUGUGGUGGUAAAACAACCGGACAGGCACGGCUAUGCACAUUCUUCGAGAACAUGGGCUGGAAGGUGUUCCGUGUUCCCGAGACAGCGACCGUGCUGCUCAGCGGCGGCAUAAAGUUUUCAGACCUGAACGCCGAAGAGGCAAAGGGAUCCGGGUCGCGUCCUUCGAUUACGAAGUCCUCGCAGCGACAUUGCAGGAACAGGUCGGACAAAGGCGAAGCAAGGUGGCCGGAGAUCUUGGAAGUUGACUCUGGUGAGGCGUUCAAAUUUCAAGAGAAUCUUCUGCGCACGAUGAUACAGAUAGAGAAUACGUUCUUCCAGCUGGGUGACAGCUGUUCGCGAAAUUGUCUUAUUAUCUGUGAUCGUGGUGCCAUGGAUGCCUCUGCAUUUAUAUCGAAAGAUAAAUGGGAACUGAUGAUGGCUUCGAACGGAUGGAACAACGUGGAGCUUCGAGACAACAGGUACAAUCAGAUCAUCCAUAUGGUCUCGGCAGCAAACGGCGCCGAAGAAUUCUACUCGACGGAAGAUCACGCGUGCCGUUCGGAAGGCGUCGUGGUAGCCAGAGAACUCGAUUACAAAGCGGCGGCCGCCUGGGUCGGGCAUCCUUACUUCGAUGUAAUAGACAAUUCGCAGGACUUUGAAGCGAAACUCUGUCGUAUGAUCGAAUGCGUGUGCCAGAAGCUGGGUAUCGACACCGGAGACAGAUUGAGAGCAAGUAGCAGAAAAGUCAAGUUCCUUGUCAAAGGUCCUUUACCGGCAGACUCUGAGUUCCCGCCGUUCCAGGACUUUGAUGUCGUCCAUAACUACCUCCAAAGUAACAAUCCGAAGAUGCAGGCUCGUCUGCGUAAACGUGGGCAAAAAGGUCACUGGUCUUACAUUCAUACAAUUCGACGUCCAAAAAUGUGCGGCCAAGUGAUCGAAGUGAAAACACAAUUGACUCAUCGAGAUUAUUUGAACAUGCUCGCUCAACGCGAUGACUCGCAUUUCACCAUCUUCAAGCGUCGACGAUGUUUCCUCAUCAACAAUCAGUAUUUUCAAUUAGAUAUAUACAGAGAACCAGCUCAUCCAAGGUGUCGGGGAUUGAUGCUGCUUGAAACGUACACAGCAUUAUCCGGAGACCAGCUUAAGAACAUAUUACCACAGUUCCUGAGAAUCGAAAAAGAAGUCACUGGAAAUCCAGAUUACAGUAUGUUCAAUCUCAGUCUAAGAGAAGAAUGGAACAGUACUAAUAAAUUCUGCCACAAUUUACAAGAUUACGCUCUUGCAGGCUUAACGGAAUCUGGAUCGACAGAAACAAAAAGUACUUGCACUUCAGAAGCGAAAGAUACAUCGGUUAAAAAAACAGUAAAUGGACUUGAUUGUUGUAGAGUCAAUGGUGUGGACGUUGUUAUAAAUAGUGUAGAUAAAGUUGUAAAUGGCGUACAGAAUGGUGUCUACGGUGUUACGAAUGGUAUCGUGAAAUUUGCCGAACAAAAUAGUAUAAAAAGCAAUACUCAAGAAUGCGGUAGUCCUACGAAACACUAAAUGAUGAUCCUUAAAAUGAAAAAGUACGAAGAGAUGUAAUGAGAGCAGGUUUCGAAACGAUGUGAAAACACGACGGUAUAAAUACAUUAGGCAAUGAUAAGGGACAAAUUACACAAUUCUAAAAAGAAACAAAAUAUUUUAUUGGCACUGACAGCUAUAUCGAUCUAAAAUUCCUUAGGCAAUACGAAAAUGAUAAACUUACAAACUAUAAUACCUAUUUUUUAAUUAAUUUUGCGUGCACACUUUGAAGGUACCAAUGCGAAAUGUACUUAAUAAUUCGACUGUAACUUAUUUUUUACCAAUUUGUUUAACAAGUGAUGUCGAUUAAUAUACCAAGCAUUUUUACAUCUAAAUCACUCUAUUUCACUUUUCAUCUCUUUGCUUCGUUGUGUGUUUUAUCUAGAGUACCGUAGUAACUCUUUAUUUAAGAAUAUUACUAUGAACAAUUGUGAUACAAAACACAUGUAAUACAUAGCAUACAAAACACGUACGGAGCUAUGUAAUUAUUCAAGAACAAACGAUCUGUAUGAGGUAUACUUUACUUUAGAAAUAUUUAACAUUAUCUCAAUAGAAAAGUAACACUCUGCACUAAUGUGAACAACUUUAAAUUUAUGGAUAGUAUUGUAGACGGAAAACUUUGGUCCCUACUAUAGACAUAAAUUUUACAAAUAAAUUAAUCAUUAGUGGUGUCUUAUAAAAUACUGACAUAAAUCUAAUAUUUGACUUGUCUUUAGAUGAAUAAUAUCGUUGAGUAAUUACGAAAAGUAUGAUUAAUUAAUUUAUUGGAAAUGUUGUUGGGUUAAAUAAAAAUAUCGAUUUCUAUAUUGCAGUCCCUUAUGAAGAACGUUCAUUUUAUUAUUUAAUCUAUCAAUAAACAUUGUUUUGUCAUUGAACAUAAUUUAAUGAACAUAAACUAUGUAAAAUAAGAUAUAUAUAUAUCUUAUAUCUUAUUUUACAUAAAAACAUUUGUCACAAACUUUACUAUUAUUUAGAGACAAAGUGCCUGUGAGAUGUUCAGUCACAGAAGUGAAAAAAAUGAUAUAUAAAUAUAUAUUUUCAAUGAAAGAUGCAAUAAUCAGUUAUCAAUGCACUUAUGCCAUAUAUAAUUGGUCUGAAUUCAUAUAUUGUACUCAUGAUUGUCUAAUAAAAUGUCAUGUGCCUAUCA